GGAGGAGGAAGAUUAGAGGAGGAGGAGGAAGAAGAAGAAGAAGAGGAGGAGGAGGCUGGAGAAAAGGAAGGAAGAUCCUGGGGGUUGCUGUCAGAAGGUGCAGGAAGGGAGAGAAAGAGCGAGAGAGAAGCGAGGAUGGAGAGGACCUGCUGCAAGGCGAGGAGUGGAUGAUGGUUUGUGCAAUCCAGAGGGAGAGAGCCUUUGCCUGCGUCGUCGCCCUGGUUGCAGCAGCUUAACAGGAGAGGCUUAACUUGAGAAGAAGGGGAAAAACAAGGAGGAGGAGGAAGAAGAAGAGGAAUCGUGGACCCUUAUUCGGGGAGGGAUGAGAGAAGGGAAGGGGGCAGUAGCUGGGGAGCCUCGAGUGUCCCGCGUGGCAGUGGCGGUGGCCCUCCUCCUCCUCCUCCAUCAUCCCGGAGUAUGGAGACUUUGAACGGAGGGGAGCCCCCCCACCCUCCUCCUCCUUCUUUACCGGAGCAGAAGAAGCAGCGCCUGCACCGCGCCCCUUCCCCGGCCAGGCCUUUCCUGAAGGACCUCCACCACCAUCAUGGCCGGGCAUCGCCUUCCCCUUCCCCUUCUUCCUCCUCCAAGCCCCCUCCAGGCCCUCCCAGGUCCCCCAGCCUCUCCGCCAAAGCCCCCCAACACCAGCAGCAGCAGCCGGCCCUUCCUGCCCCUGCCUCCCCGGCGGCCAGCCGCCUUUCGCGACGCAGCUGCGCCAAGGCAGCAGCAGCAAGGACGGCGGCGGCGGCGUCAUCAUCAUCGACGGCGUCGGCGCUUGUCUGGAGGGGCAAAAGCCUGGCCACCAAGCCCUCCCUGCCUCCGAGCAAGAAGGGGCCCCCUUCGGCUGGGAGGCCCCCCAACGGCGCCGCCGAGGGAGCGAGGCAGCAGGGGAAGCGGGGCAGCAGCGCCCCUCCGGCCCAGGCUGGCCCCUCUCCCUCCUCCUCCGCCUCCAUCUCCCGCCUCCUCCUCCUCCUCCCUCACACCGACAGCAGCUCCGACCUCUCCGACUGCCCCUCGGAGCCCCUCUCCGACGAGCAGAGGCUGGCCCCGGCCGCCGGCAGCGAUGGCGAGUCCAGCAGCGACAGGGAGAGAGACCCUCCGGCCCCGCUCCCUUCCUCGGGCCCCGCCGCUGCGCCAGGGCCCUCCGCCGCCCCCUCCGCAAGGAGCAGGGACCCUUCCGAGGGGAAGGGCCCCGAGAAAGCCGCGCUUCUGGCCGGGUGGAGGCCAGGGGGCAAGGCGCCUCUUCCGCGGGGAGACAAGGAGCCUCCUCGGGGGGAGAACGAGGAGAACGAGGAGGAGCUGCUGAGGGAGAUCGAGGAACUCCGCUCUGAAAACGAUUACCUCAAGGAUGAGCUUGAUGAACUCCGAGCUGAAAUGGAAGAGAUGCGUGACAGCUAUCUUGAAGAAGAUGUUUACCAACUGCAGGAACUUCGGCGAGAGCUUGACCAUGCAAACAAGAACUGCCGUAUUUUGCAGUAUCGUCUCAGGAAAGCAGAACAGAAAAGCUUGAAAGUUGCACAGACGGGUCAAGUUGAUGGGGAGCUUAUUAGAAGCUUAGAACAAGAUCUAAAGGUAGCCAAAGAUGUAUCUGUCAGGCUGCACCAUGAACUGGAGAAUGUGGAAGAGAAGCGUGUUAAAGCAGAGGAUGAAAAUGAAGUCCUUCGUCAACAAAUAAUUGAGGUGGAAAUAUCCAAGCAGGCAUUGCAGAAUGAGCUGGACAGGUUGAAAGAGAGCUCCCUGAAGAGAAGAGGUAGCAGAGAUAUUCACAAGGAAAAGAAGGCAUUUGCUCAGGAAGACAGUGCUGACUUAAAGUGCCAGCUUCAGUUUGCCAAAGAAGAAGCAGCACUGAUGCGUAAGAAGAUGGCCAAGCUAGGCAAGGAAAAAGAUGAACUGGAGCAAGAACUCCAAAACUACAAAUCCAUCUAUGGAGAUGUGGAAAGCCCUCUCCCUAUUGGGGAGGCUGGAGGACCACCCAGCACAAGAGAAGCUGAACUGAAGCUUCGUUUGAAGCUGGUAGAAGAGGAAGCCAACAUCCUGGGCAGAAAGUUAGUGGAGUUGGAGGUGGAAAAUAGAGGUAUUAAGGCUGAGAUGGAGGAUAUGAAGUGUCAGUAUGAGAGAGUAUGUCUCAGCCAGGAUCACGUUUCGAGUAUUCCUACCUCACCUUAUGGUGACUCUGUGGAGUCAGCUGCAGAGCUACGCCGCCAUUUGCAAUUUGUAGAAGAAGAAGCAGAACUGCUGAGGAGAUCAAUCGCUGAGAUAGAAGAUCAUAACAAGCAGUUAACAAAUGAAUUAAAUAAAUUCAAGUUUGAGCCUGGGCAAGAGGCUGGCUGGCUUGAUGAAAAUGCAUCCAAAUCCAGUGGGUCUUUACAAGAAGAAUUGAAAUCUGCCCGCAUGCAAAUCAAUGAACUUAGUGGGAAGGUGAUGAAACUUCAGUAUGAGAAUCGAGUCUUGAUGUCCAAUGUGCAGCGUUAUGAUCUUGCCUCUCACCUAGGGUUGCGAACCUCAAGUCCCAGGGAGAGUGAUGCUGAGAGUGACACAGGGAAGAAAGAAUGUGACAAUGAAGAAGGUCAUCUACCUCAACCAAAGAGAGAAGGACCCAUUGGGGGUGAGAGUGACUCUGAAGAAGUAUAUGAAAAGACAUCAGGUUUUGGGAGUGGGAAGCCAUCAGAAGUGAGUGAUCUUUGUUCUGCUGAACUGACAAAGGCCAAAGAGGAUGCAGACUCUCUGGUCAACAUCAGACGUGAAGCUGAAAGGCUUGAAAGAGCUGUGGACCGUCUCAUUGUUGAUACAGACAGUUUAAUAUAUGAAGCAAAAGUGCUCAUAACCAGUAGUAUUUCCUCUGAGCAUGGUUUUGAAAAAGAUGAGGAAAGAAAGGACCAUAAGAAUGAGCCAGAAUUUUUGGACACCAUCAAUUCAAGGAUGAAACAUUUCCAGAAAGAACUGCAAACAUUUUUGGAGAAGGUUGACAGUGUUAGGAAAGACCAAAUAGAUGAUCUUUCCCCACUCCCUCACCUUACAGAGUCUUCCAGUUUUCUGUCCACGAUGACAUCCAUAUCCCGAGACUCACCAAUUGGUAAUCAGGGAAGAGAGCUAAUCACAGAUUUCCAGUCGAAACUGAGAGAUCAGAUGGAAUGGCAGCGCAUGCAAGACCUUGGAGAGGAGCAAGAGAGUCAUCCCCAGCGAAGCACUACUGAACCAAACGGCAGAGCUGAUGGAGACUUUAAACUCUACAGGCCAGAAAACAAGGGUUGUUUCAGUCUAGAGAAUAUAUCGAUACAGGAGCUUCAGGCUAAACUUGAGCAGGAGGUGAAACUUCGACAAGAGGAGCAAGAAACAUUUACAGAAAGGAUCAUGCAGCUGGAAGAGGAGCAUCUGCAGACACUACAGAGAAAAGACUUGGAGGUACAAAGCUUGACUCUGCAGAACAAAUUGGAAGAGAAGACCUCGAGUCAAGAGAAAAACUUGAUGCAUCAAGAACUCAGACAUUUCAAGCAGAACACGUUUCUCCUCUAUGUCAAAUUGAAAUGGUUGCUGAAACACUGGCGACAAGACAAGCUAAUAGAGGAGCAAGGAGAGGACAUUCUUGAGUUGGAGCAUCUUGAUCCCAUACCAGAACUCAGCUUUCAGUCUGAACAAAAAGGUGAUGAACAGGAAGAGGAGGAGGAGGGGGAAGAAGUAUUCACAAUGACAGAUUAUUCCCAACAUUCCACCAUUGAAAUACGUGACCGUGGACCACCACUACAGACUGCAGAACUGUUGCAGCAUCAAAAGCAGGCGAGAGAAAACCACCAACUCUUACAUGCUUUGAAAAUGCUGUUGGAUGAAUUCCGAAAUGAGCUCCAGAAUGAUGAACGAGAACGUCACAGCCUCCAGCAGCAGUAUGCUACUGAUAAAGCUGCUUGGGAAGUGGAAUGGACUAAGCUAAAGUGUCAGUUGGAGCAGCUAGAAGAGAAGGGUGAAAAAACACAAAGUGAGACUGGUCUUGAUGCAAAGGCAGCUUUCAAUAGGGAGAGAGAGGAACACAAGAAGCUUCUGGCUGACUGUCACCAAUUAGUGAUGGACUUGCAAUGGCAAAUCCAGCACAAUGAAAAGAACUGGAACAGAGAAAAAGUGGAGCUUUUAGAGCGGCUUGACAAAGAUCGACGAGAGUGGGAAAGGCAAAAGAAGGAGCUGCUGAGGAGACUAGAGCAGCUUCAGAAAAUACAUCCACAAAGAGAAGACAGUAUUCUUUGUGACUCAAGAGAAACUGGCCUUCCUUUAUUUUCAAGUCAAGGGAGCCAUCAUGUGCCUCGUCCAAUGGGGUCACGAUCCUACUCCGAUUCGGACACUGUGAGGUUUGAAGAUCGGACACUGUCUAAGCUAAAAGAAAGUGACAGGUGCACUGCCACAGAAAACCUCUUUCUAGAUACAUUGUCCCUUGAUUCCCCGGAUGAUUCUGAAGAACCACAUCCUCAGAAAUUGGAACGAGAAAAGUUUUUAACUUGUGAAAAUGAGGAAGAAGAAAUGCACAAGGGAAAUCUUCAAAGGGCAGUGUCGGUUUCCUCUAUGUCAGAGUUCAAGCGCCUGAUGGACAUUUCUCCUUUUCUUCCCGAAAAGUCUCUUCCUUCCUCCAGCACCAAGGAGGAGAUAACACCUCCAUUAUCGCCAGAUGAUUUGAAAUACAUUGAGGAAUUCAAUAAAAAUUGGGAUUAUGGCACUACCAGAAACCAUGGUGGAGCUCUGGAGAGGCCUGCUGAAGCCUGGGCAGAAAGGACAGAGAUUGGGAAGGCUGGGAAUAAUUCAGCUCCAGAUCCAUUCCAGCCACCUUCAUGGCAUCUUACCACCAGUGUUACUCUGACAACUAACACAGUGACCAGCCCUGAGCACCGCCAAAAACAGCCACUGAGGAGUCAUGUUGUUACGGAAAAAAUGGGAGUUAGAGUCUUUCAUAGCCCACCAGUUGUCCGCAGAUUUGAUAACCCAGUAGCAGCUGGCAAUGAAGGAAAAAAACAGCCUGAGUCAGACUUUUUGUUUCCUGUGACCAAAGCUAAAGGUAAUGUGAGUGAGGCAAAAGGUGCUGCUUCAGAAGUGUUUGGGCGAUGGUCAUGUGACCUCUCCAAACACCAUAACAAUUUCCUGGAAACUGGUAUUCAUCCCAUUGAGCGCCCUAUUUGCACUACUGUGAGUUUUGCCUCAUCUUUGCACAGCUUGGAGAUGUCCAAAAACAUGAGUGAUGACAUGAAGGAAGUAGCUUAUUCUGUCAGAAAUGCAAUACGUUCAAACUCAGCAGAGCUUCAGUUCAAAGACACAGCUUGUCAGACUAAUGGAAUGAGAACUAUGGGGACACAGACUACUCAAACAAUCAGUGUGGGCUUACAGACAGAAACAUUGCGCAAUAUCACCAGCAGUCCCCACAAGUGUCUGACACCAAAGGGGGGCUCUACACCUGUGUCAUCACCAUCAAGAAGCCUCAGAAAUAGGCAGAUGGCACCUGCUAUUGAAAAGGUCCAGGCCAAAUUUGAACGCACAUGUUGCUCUCCCAAAUACGGCUCCCCCAAAUUACAGAAGAAAACGUUCUCCAAAACAGACCAGCCAAUCAUCCGAACAUCCCCAAGCACACCUCAGAAAGGUUUUAGUGAAUCUGCUUGGGCCAGAUCCACCACUACAAGGGAGAGUCCAGUUCAUACCACUAUCAAUGAUGGCCUCUCCAGUUUAUUCAAUAUCAUUGACCAUACCCCUGUGGUUUAUGACAUACUCCAAUGUUCCAGGUCUAGCAGCCGAUCAAGGUCGGCUGAACCCAGGUCAGAACUGGGGCCUAUGCAGGACAUGUGCAUGAGUAUCCGUGGCAGGUCACCCAGUCCCCUCCGUUUUGGUGCAGAGCUACAAAAGGAUGAAGGAACUGAGACAUCAAGCAUCAGGCAGGACUUAUCUGCUCCUCCAGGAUACACUCUUACAGAAAAUGCUGCCAGAAUCUUGAACAAGAAACUUAUGGAGCAUGCCUUAAAGGAGGAAAAAAGGCUAGCUUCACACAGUCCUCCCAGUCUUAGCAAUGAAAACAGCACAGGAGAAAUAGUCAAAGUUGAACCAGGGUCCAUUGAGGAACUACCUUGUUCCGCACUAGCUCCGUCCCUAGAAUCUUGCUUCUCCCGACCAGAGAGACCAGCGAAUCGGCGCCCACCUUCCCGUUGGGCCUCACAUUCCCCUACUGCCUCACUAUCUCAGUUAAAUGGGGAAGAAUAUGGAAGCAAGGAACUGCCGUUGGAGAAUCCAAACCAGGAUGCAAGCCUGCAUGAAUUAUCACCGAAUAAUUCACUGUCUUUUGCAUUGUAGCACCAUUACCAUGGCCAGUCUCUGUCAGCACGGAGAGCUCAAAUUGCCGAGGUCAAAGAAUGUUCUAGAAUGCAGCUUCUUAGUAUACAACCAAGAAACAGAGGUGUUUCUAGAACAAAACAGUUAAUGUGCCUGUAAUAACUUAUUUUUUUCAUAGCUCAGAAAACUAUUUUUGCCUCCAUCUUUUCUACACACAGUAUAUUAAUUAAAAAGGUCUAAAAAGUAUACAGAUAAAAGUAAGAUUUUAAAUGAAACGUACAUUGUGUUUCAAGAGAAAUUGAAUGUGUUCUCUCUUUCUCUCCGACUACUGAUUGCCUUCUAUUAUAUUUGCACUGUUAAGGUUUGGGUUUUGUUGGUUAUUUUCCUGUCUCUGAUUUAAAAUUAGAAAUGUCAGUUAAAUUUAUCCAACUGUUUCUUAUUUUGAAAAGGAAAAUUCAUAAAGGUGCUUUAGCAUGUCUGAAGUGAUAAAUUUUAAGUAGUGAAGAAAGCCAUUGAACUAGUUGACUAGAGUUGUCUUAAACAAAUUAGAGGGGAAUACAGGGAAUAUGAACUGUUUAGAAAGGAGGGGGGAGACUCAACCAGUCUUAAAGAAGUGAGCUCUACCAUAAAUACAUACAUAAACUCUCUCUCUCUCUCUCUCUCUCACUUACUCACACACAUACACUCAUUCUCACAGACACACAUAACAAAUUUGCAUGUCUUUAGGUUCCUAGCACUUUAGUGCAUGUACAUACUGCUAUUAUACUCUCACCAUCACAUCAAUGUGUCUCAGUCUCUUUCACUGUUAUAUUGUUGUGAAUUUAUCUGUACUGUACUUUUAAUGUUGGUAUUCUUGCAUUGAUUGUACAAAAAAGAUUUUUAAAUAAUUGUUCAAACAGUUCCACUGACUAUGUACAGUGUUUAUUGAAAUCUUCCCUUGUUUGGGGGAAAGCACUGAGAACUCUGGGCAUACUAAUAAACUGUAACUGGUCUUGUUUUAAGAGUCUGUUUGAGACCAUGUGACGUGGAAAUAAACUUCUCAGUAUUUACAAAUUG